AUGGCUGAAGAUGGAUCGCCCAAAAUUUAUUCUCAUCCUCCGAGGGAGAACAGUAAAACGCCCACGGAAGCAGCCAUUUUCUUCGGGGCCGACACCAUUCUUAAAUCAGAAACAACUAUUACGUCCGAAGGAGACCACAUCACUUCGGUAAAUGACGGCACGCCAGAUGGUGACUUUUCAACUACGGCCAACAAGCCCACACCUACGAAAGAAAAACUCAAAUUAGAAGAUGACAUUGAGGCCAGUCUGAAGUCAACACCCCUUCCAGAGAAAGAAACUACCACUCCGACUGAAACUGCAAACUCCAAAACUAAGGAGUCGAUUACUGAAAAUUUCAUUCCAGUGAAAAUUGGAAACAUCUCAGGCCCAGUUGGUACUGUUUCUUUAAUAGAUUUUUCUAGCAACAUUGGAAAAGAAGACAUCCUCUUAGCCACCAUUGACAUGGAAGACAAAGAAGUCCUACCCACUCCUGAGCCCCCUGGCACCCUGGAGGACAGCACUGCCCAUGACGAGGACACCUCUGCACUGUCAGAUGAAAACACGGAAACUGAGGUUAGUUCCCCAAUCAAUGCCGACGUGCCUGAUGAUGGAACAGUCCAGGACACUGACUCCUUGAGUCCGGAAGCUGAAAUCCCUCCCUCUACUGAGAAAGAAGAGGUCACCACCAUUCCAGACAUAACCACCAUUGCAGAAGAGAAAAUAACAGAGAUCGACCUGAUUGUUUCAGAAGAGAGCCCCAGAGUUGUGACUAAAUUAACGGACUCAGAUGAGGAAAAAUUUAUCACUGUUUUUGAACUCACUAACUCUGCUGAGAAAGCCAAAGAUAACCCAGAAGAUACCUUAACUGACGAGGAAUCGACUGAUGGUGUUAAUGCUUGGAUGGAGAAAGAGACUGUAAAUGAGGCAGACUCCCAUUCUGUUUUGCUUACUGCUGUGGAAUCCAGGUACGACUUCAUUGUCCCUGCCUCGAAAACUAAGACCGUCAGGGAGGAAUCAACCGAUAACACCGCAGAAGAUCUGUCUGAAAAUGAUACAAUAGAAUCGGUAACUGAGGUCAUGGAGGAGUUUCCUGUGGUGACCUCUAUAGUCGAUUGCCCUAACCACAAGGAGGACCCCUCCACCACUGACUCUGGUAUCUUCAAACUGCUGAAAGAAGAUCCGGAUGAGCUCAUGAUGUAAAACCAGUGACGUAAGGGAGGCCACGUAGAAGUGCGCCAUGGG